GCCUAUGAGUAAAAAGCCAAAGUGGAAAUAAAAAUUACAAUGAAGCCUCGAAGCUGUGGCGAGUUAUCGGCGCAGGACGAUUUGUCAAGACACAAUGCGUGAAAGGCUCUCCGGUCCGCGCUUGGGGAAAUUGCUUCGACCGUUGCUCUUUUUCUUCUUUUUUUCCUCUUGAAUGACAAAAAAAAAAAAAUGACGAUGCUGUACGGACGUGUGUGGGACAAUCUGACUGGCUUCUUUUCUGGAUAGAUUUUUUUCGUUAUUGAUGCUCGCGUCUUGAUUGGCUUGGCUUUGGGCCAAUUGUUCGUUAUAUUGUCGCAUCUGCCGUUUUCUUUUUUCUAUUAUUUUUCAUUCGAUUCGACAACAAUUGUUUUCAUCGCCCUUACAAUGGAAUUUCAUUAGGACUAAUUCGCACUUUUCGAUCUAAUUGCGUUACUCGCUUUUCCAAUAACCAGCGAGCGAUAUCAAAUUAAAGCCAGGGAACACAACGAAGCCCUAAACAGCCCAUCGAUAAGCCUCUCCGACCCUUCCCACAUCGCACAUCAGGUGCAUCAUCUGCUCUCUCUCUCUCUCUCUCUCCCACACCCACGCACAUGCACGUACACACAUCGCAGAACUAUACGGGAAUUACGGGAUAGGCGUCUCGAGGCCGCGCCUCCGCGAGGUGUUGGUGGGAGGAGGCGAUGCUGCGUCUGGACCGCAAGAGCUUUUCCGAGUCUCUGUACGGAUCCUGCGAUGGAGCUGGCCAGAUGCUCUCUACCUGGAUCAUAUCGCGCUGUCACUUCUUUUCUCCAAACUAAACCCGAAUCUCUAAGUGAGAUACAAGUGCUGUCGUUGGUUAGCCGAGUGAACGUUUCGGUUGUGCAGUGCUGGUGUUGAACUGGAGAUGAGUGACUAUUCGUGAACUUUGAUGAAUCUUUGGCGACUGAUUUGCUAACACGAGACGAGCACAGAUGAUCACGGAAGACAUGGACUCGUCCUGGGCAUCGAGUCGCUCGAGCAGUUCUCGAGCCGACGGCGACGUGGAGAUCGUCGACUCACCGACGCCGGCUGACUUCAGCAGCAACAGCUCGUCCGUCGGCUCCGACUACGCCGAACUCGAGGACGUCCCUCGUGUCCUCGGCAACAAGUCAUCCUCUGGCAAAAGCACUUCGACGCCUUCGUCCUCCGUCAGUUUCUCCAUCGAGAGUAUCCUGGCUCGAGGUGCCGCAAGGGAUGAGUCGAACAGAAAUCGAGUGGAAUCGGGCAAUGCGUCGGGUGAAAAGGACAAGGCCAAGGAGGAGUUUGCCGAUAGGAACGUCGAGACUGUAGGGCAGAGUUUCGGGACGAGCAGUGGUCCCGGUGGCUUGUAUCCCACGACGAAUAUCCAGUUUUCCGAUGGCAAUUUGGUCGAUCCCACGAGUUACUCGGCUGCCUCCCUCGCAUCCGCGUCUCUGCUCUACAACAGCUGGUUCGUCCAAUCGAAGCCCGGACAGAUAUUCGGCCUACAAGCGCCGAAGCCGGGCGGAAGAAGAUCGCGAAAGCCCGGCAUCGAUCGAAAGCCCAGGCAAGCUUACAGCGCGAAGCAGCUCGAGAGGCUCGAGGCGGAAUUUAAGAUCGACAAGUAUCUGAGCGUGAGCAAACGCAUGGAGCUGUCCAAGUGCCUGAACUUGACAGAGGUACAGAUCAAGACGUGGUUUCAGAACCGCCGAACCAAGUGGAAGAAGCAGCUGACUUCGCGGCUGAAGAUGGCCCAUCGUCAGGGCCUGUUUCCGCCGGCUUACUUCCCCGCGACGCAGUACCCGCUGCUGCCCUAUUACGCAGCGGCGGCGCCACUCGUCUUCGCGUCGUCUGCUCAGCAAGCAGACGACGCGGCCACUCAGGCCCAACAGCAGAGGCCCGCUGAGGGAGGCCUGUAGUGGGGAUGAGUUUCUUUUUUUUUUUUUUAAUAUAAUUUUGUUCAGUUCAUACGAGUAUUAUUACUGUAAUUAUUACUGUUGCGGAUACUAUUAUUAAUGUAAUUAUUAAGAUUUCAUCGGAUCAUGCAACGUAGGAGAUAAUAAUGGUAUUGUACUUUACGAGAUCCGAUGUAUGUGUAUGUAAAUAUAUGGAAUAAACGUCGGUUUAGCGAU